AUGAGACAGUUUCUGGCUGUUCUCGUAUUUGCGGGAUGCCUAAUUCAUGGGGUGAUUGGGGCCAUCUACUGCACCGUAGACGAUGACACACCUGUGUUUAGCGCCCCAGAUCUCGGCACCAGAGUUGUCACACUGGUCGAGAGGAACACGUGCUUCAAUGGUGACAUGGACGGGGAAUGGCUAGUCCUGCAAGAUAAUCCAAUUUAUUUCAUACAUGGCUACACAGUAAUAUAUGACAUUGAUCCAGCCGCUGAUAAAACCGAAGCCAAUGUAAAUGGCGCCUGGGGAGCCUGGCAGGGUUGGUCUUUCUGUGCCUGUAACGGAUUUCGUGGGCGAUAUCGCCCCUGUGACAGCCCGCCUCCCACGAACGGUGGACAGGAUUGUCAGGCGUGGUCAACUUGCUCCGUAAGCUGCGAGAAUGGAACUCAAUCACGAAACCGGAAAUGUUAUGGAACAGCUUAUGGAGGAAAGGAUUGUGGUUCAGAUGAUAGCGCGUUUCGGAAUUGCAGUACCUCGGUACCUUGUCCAGUUUCUGGUGGUUGGUCCACGUGGAGUAACUGGUCUGUCUGCUCCGCCACGUGUCAGGCGACGGGUAUGCAGUAUCGUAACAGGUCACGUGACAGUCCAAGUCCUGGCAACGGUGGACAAAAUUGCACUGGGGAUGUAGGAGACAUAAGGAACUGCAAUGGCACAGGACCCUGUCCCGUCGAUGGCGGCUACUCUAACUGGCUGCAGUGGUCCAAUUGCUCUGCCACGUGCGAAGGAGGAGUCAGAUAUCGUUCCCGUUAUUGUAACGAGCCACGCCCCCAGAACGGGGGUAGCGAUUGCAGUGUCCUCGGAAAGAACUAUGAGGCAAGCCCUAUGAGCACUGGCGAUAUCUCCUGCUGUGCAGAAGAUUCUCUCACUGGGCACUGA